UGACAAAAGAUUCUUGAUAUUAUGAAGGAACGCACGACCGUCGGAUGGACCUAGCGUUGAAACCCCCGUGAAAUCGCAUUGACCACGUUCCAUCAUAAUUUGACUCCGCGAUAUUCUGCUUGACGUCGUUGUGGUUCGUUGUGGUCUUUGAAACCCCUUGAAAGCAGGUCUUGCCAGUGUGAUCGUUACCUUUUCCAAACUUUCUCCCAUGUCCAAUCAGUUGCAAUCGCAGCAACAAGUACCACAACUUGAAGUCCAAGCUCAGGGUCAGGAAGUACUCGCCGUCGCCUGUGUCAUCGAUGCCUCUCUAGCGCUCGCUACAGAAUGGACCCGUGUGUUCACAGCGUACAUCCUGCCUAUUCUCAAGCGUCUGAACGAAGCAUACAGCGGGCAUAAUUUCCGACUAGCUUUAGUGACGUAUGGCGCUGCGGACGCAUAUCCCAAUCCGCUGUUAUCAAAACGUUUCUUUCUCCCCCCGAAUCUCGUGAUGAAGGAAUUGCGCGAGGAUCCAAGGGGGCUAGGAAUUGGCUCCACGAUCGGUGUGAGGGGGCUGUCCGCCCUGGAGGGAAUGGUUGCUGCUAUCGAGUUCUUCGACAUCUUGCAUAACUUGCUCGCCUUGGCUGGUCCGAAGGAUGGUCGAAUACACGUGUCACAUAUAAUACAUAUCGCUGGAAGUCCACCCGACUCUGCGCAAAGGCCCGCAUGGAAUACCCUUCCGCAUCUCGACUCAGUAUCAUGGGACACGCUACCGGUAGAGCUCAAGAAGAGAAAAAUCAAUCUGAGUCUUGUCACACUACAACAAAUACAACAGUUCCAGGAUGUUCAGUCUGCCACCUCAGCACCAACUCCACAAACUAAUCCCUGGUUCACUGUCUACCCACCGCAUAUACUCAUGCUUUCUGGAUUUCCCCCACUAUCGCAUGUGCAGACCCCAAAACUCAGUGAGCUUUCGCGAACAACCUCCCUCUCAUUCCCGCGCUCACAAAUUCCAGACGCUGCAAAGCGUUCAAACGAGUCCCCUCAAACACCAGACACGAAACGACAGAGAGUCAGCGAGAAAAGCUCACCAGCACUUAGCCCGCGUCCUCCUGGAGGAGGUGCCGGUCCAAUAGGCCAGAGACCGCCCUCUCGGCAGGUUCCCACACCUUCUGUCCCACCUUCUGUCCUACCUCCUCAGCCAAAUCCGCAACUGCUCCAGCCUUCCCCCAUACCGCCGCACGCAACUACGACCUCUACACCUAGUCCAGUAAAACCCCCUGCAGCACCCGCCGCACACCCACAUUCCAAUGGUCCGAACCCCAAUGCUUCCUUCGCGCAGCACAUAUCCCACCCCAACAUCAACAUAGUAGUCGAGCGUGGAAAAGCUCUCGAAGUCGAGAUCAAAGCCCUCGAUGCCAAAAUCCAGGAAGUACAAUCUGCCGGGAAUGCUGCCGAUAUCGAGUCGCUUAAGAUGGAGCGCGGCACGAAAUUUCAGCAGUUCAUGAAGAUCAAGCAAUUUUUGUAUCAAAUAGCGAGUAGGCCUGCGAUGGGUGGUUCGAAUUCAGGUGCAGGAGGGUCGGGAGACACACCUCAGUCUCAGUCUCAGUCUCAGCCUCAACUGACGGCGAGCAACAUGAAGUCGGAGGAUGCAGCACCACCAACGGUGUCUGCGCCCGUAUCUGCGCCUAUGGAGGAGCAGAAGCCAUCAGUCACAGAUCAAAAGCCACCGCUGACAGAUCAGCAGGCAUUAGUGCUCAUGCAGGCGCGUUCGGGAACAACAGGAUUCCAGAAUCCAGCGCUCGCCGCGCAAAUGCAUAAGUUACUCAACAGAACUGGUAUCCAGGGACCAACCUUUUCCGGUUCACCUAAGCCCCGACCAGCCCAUCCGCCUGCCUCUGGAUCUACUUCUCAACAUCAGCAACAUCAGUCUCAGCCCCAGGCCUCGACCUCAGCAACCUCAGGGGGGCCAAAGCAAUGGGAAGGCUCUUUCACCUUCACUAUACAGCAUGCUGGACAAUCAAAGGGGUGCGAAGUGCAAGUGGCCACCGUUAAUUACAAGGGUCAACUUCACACGGAAACAUGGCCUGAGAGAAUGUUCAUCAAUAUAUCACAAGAAGGAGUGAAGGAUCCCUUAGAAUUAAAGUCGUGGCUUCAGAAACACCAUCAAUCUGCUGUGAUGGUCCAAUUCAAGCCCCAAGCACGGAACAUUGAACAGAAAUUGAAUGACAUGGUUCAUCACGUGUUGAUGAAGACUAUGAUGGAAGCACGAACAUUUGGCAUAGCGGCGUGGCAACUUCCUUCUGGGCCUAUGUCACACAAUAUGAUCGUGUUCCCGAUGAAUAGUGUGCUAGUAGGCGCAGUGUUCCCUCUUACUGGACUUCCAGAUCUGCCAGGCUCUAGCAAAGUCGACGCCCCAAAACCGCAAAUGCAAAUGCAACCGCAACAACAACCGCAACCGCAACUGCAAUUGCAACAACAAGCACAACUACAACCCCCAGGCGUGUUUACCCCCGAGAUGCUCACGCGACUUCAGGGCCUUGACCCGCAGCAGCAAAGGCACUUCAUGCAACAACUCGCACUGCAACAGCAGAUGCGGCAGCGGCAACGACAAAUGCAGCAGCAGCACCAACAACAACUACAAACGGGAGCAAUGCAGCAGGAGGUACAAGCACCAGCACCUGGUGUGGGAAUGCAGAACAUGAGUCCGUUUUCGAAUGGAGCGAAUGUGCCAAUGAAUAUGUUUGGCGGCGGCGGGGGUACCGCAGAGGCAAAUCAGCGGGGGCAUGCAUCUUGGCGGCGUGGGGACGGUGAAUAGUGAGAUGAUGCAGUCGUUAUGCAACGAAAUGCGAACGGACAAGGGAUGAACCCCUCGUGAUUGAGAUUGACUCACUUUCUUCAUCGGCUUUGGAGCCUGGUUCUUCAAGGCGUUGUUUGUACCUUGAGAACAAUAUGGACGGAUAUACUGUGAAUGUAGGCGACGUCAAGCAUGGUUUCAGACUUUUACAUUGAUUGUUAUGCUCUACUAUACAUCAUACGCACUUGCAUGCUAUCUUGUACACACAUUCCAAGAACUCGCAUUGUAAUCAUGGUAUAGGAAUUCUGCAUUUUAUUAGGAUGGCGUUGUACUGAAAUUGCCGUCUGUUCCCUGAAUCCUUUCGUGGUCGGCAAGGUUAGCCUGAGUUUCGUAGACGGUGAUGACUGGAUCGCUCUUGCGCUGAGGGAAUGAACGAGUCUUGAGAAUCGAAAACAGUGGUUCAGGAACUGGCAUACCUCAGUCCAAUGACCAAGGAGACCAACAUAA